AUGACAGCGCCUCAAAACCCCAUUACUAGAGCCAUUUGGGAUGGAACAUUACCCAUCAAAUUUUCUCUUGACAGCACAGAAGCAGCUGCAUUGGGUGCCAAAGCUAUAGUUGAACCUUAUUUUAUCGAGGCACCACGAUGCUCAUACUUCCCUUUGUGGACGAGUCAAAUAAGAAAAUACUUUGUGGAUAUGGCGCUGAACUUUAUUGGAGACGAUGCUGAUAUAUGGUAUGACGUUGACGGAACUCCACUGAAAUGCCCGCCACCUUUACCUUGGCCUGUAACAGUACAUUUCAAAAAUUUUCCUGCAGAUAAACUGAUAAGAGCACAGGCUAUUGAUGCAACGCAGGAUUUUUUCAUGUCAAUGAUUAAGGAAUAUCCUAAUUUUGAAAAAUUAUUCGAGUCUGUCACUAACGACAACUUCGCUAAUGCUUUAUGCAACGAGAAUAUUUAA